GUUUGCCGUCGGAUCGAUCAGUUUGACUUUUCGAUUUGUCUCUUGUCUGUUUUGGAAAGUGCACAUUUUCUAGCUACUUUUCCAAAUUAACUCAUUUCAAUUUUUAUCCUCGUGAGCUCUUAGAAAGAAACCAAAUAGAACAAAAUGGCUGAUGAUGAGGCUAAGAAGGCUAAACAAGCCGAAAUCGAGCGCAAACGUGCCGAAGUACGUAAGCGUAUGGAAGAAGCCUCCAAGGCAAAGAAGGCCAAGAAGGGUUUCAUGACUCCAGAGAGAAAAAAGAAGCUUCGAUUGUUGUUGCGUAAAAAAGCCGCUGAGGAAUUGAAGAAGGAACAAGAACGCAAGGCAGCUGAACGUAGACGUAUUAUUGAGGAGAGAUGUGGCAGACCAAAGAACGUUGAUGACGCCAGUGAAGACCAAUUGAAGGCUAUUUGUAAGCAAUAUUACGACCGAAUGUAUUUGUGUGAGGGCCAAAAAUGGGAUUUGGAAUAUGAAGUCCGGAAGAGAGAUUGGGAGAUCUCCGACCUCAAUGCCCAAGUCAACGACCUCCGCGGUAAAUUCGUCAAGCCUACCUUGAAGAAGGUCUCCAAAUACGAAAACAAAUUCGCCAAGUUACAAAAGAAGGCCGCCGAAUUCAACUUCCGUAACCAACUUAAGGUUGUCAAGAAGAAGGAAUUCACCUUGGAAGAAGAAGAUAAGGAGACAGCCCCAAAGCAGAAAAAACCUGACUGGUCCAAGGGCAAACCCGGAGACGCCAAGGAAGGAGAAGAAGCUGCUGCCUAAGGAUGACAUCUAACGGAAAAUUGGCUGAAUCACAACUUUUACUCCUGUUUUUCUUUAUUCAAACACACAACGUACUAUACAACCUACUUUUCAUAAAACUAAUGAAAUAAACACAAAACGUAUCUCUAUUAUACUUAUUGUUAUUAUACUUUUUUUUUAUAUAUAUGAAAAAAUAACGAAGACAAUCAACAAAAAAGUGUGUGCUGUAUUCGAAUCAAAUAACAACAACAAAGAAAAAAGAAACGAAUAAAUGUUGAUCCUUCUUUUAUUUUUUAUUAUUAAUAGAAAUACAAUCAAUGAGAUUUUCCAGUGUAUCGAUAUAAUUUUGAUGUAAGGUGCUUUUUUUCGCAAGGAACACGAAAAACAAACAUUAAUAAUAUUAUUUUACCCGCGUUAAAACAUAUUUCAUAACAUUAAUAAUAAAUAAGAGAAUAAUUUAUUUAUUUGUGCAAUGAUAACUUUUUUUUUACACUAACCAACAUUUUUUUGAAAAGUUAAAAAAGGCGCUGCUGUAGCUCGUGUCGCGUGCUGAAACAGACAGAAAUGAACAACAACAACAAGCAAAACAGAAACAAACAAAAAAAAAGUUUUUUUUUAUGUAUACAAAAAUAUAUAUAAAGGGAUUAAAAUUAUUUUAUUGUACAAUACUAAACUCUAAGCAAUGUGUACUCUCUACUACUCGCUAUGUAUAGAAAUUAAAUGAAUCUGAUGUUGAAAUAAAGCGAAAAUGUUUGGAAAAGAUGGGAA